AAAAAAACCAGCGAGUUAAAAUAGAAAAAUAACCUCUGUAAUCCCAAGAAGGCAAAUUAGUUCUGCUGGUGUAAUCUAGGGUUGAAAUGGGGAUCGAUUCUUCUUCUUUUAGUUCAAUUAGUAAUCGGUACGAAGGUAGAUUUGUUCGUCAUUGGGAUUAUAAUAACAGUUUGAUAAUUUAUGACAGAAAGAGUGAUGACAAUCGAAACGCACAAUCACAAGCAGCAACCACUGAUCAGAAAGAGGUACAAUUGCAACAUGAUCUCGACGAAGAAGAACCAGUUCCAUACGUUGUUCUAGUUCAAGGACCUCCCAAGGUUGGGAAGUCCAUGCUGAUUAAAUCUCUAGCGAAGUUUUUUACUAUGCACCAUCUAGAUAACGUUCGAGGUCCUAUUACUGUGGUAUCAGGUAAGCAUAGGCGGCUGCAGUUUGUGGAGUGCCCAAAUGAUGUUAAUGGCAUGAUAGAUGCUGCAAAAUACGCUGAUUUGGUGUUAUUUUGCAUUGAUGCAAGUUAUGGGUUUGAAAUGGAAACGUUUGAGUUCUUUAACCUUCUACAAGUUCACGGCUUUCCAAAUGUCAUUGGUGUCCUCACAAAUCUUGAUAAGAUCAAACCUGAUGGAAGUCUAAAGGAAACCAAGCAGCGCCUCAGUCGUCAGUUCCGGAACGAAAUAUACGGUGGAGCAGAAGUAUUCUACUUGUCUAAUCUUGAUAAGGGAAUGUACAUGGACGAUGAGAUUCACAAACUAGGAGCGUUCAUAUCAGUUAUGAAAUUCAACCCUUUGUCCUGGCAAACUGCACAUCCUUAUGUGCUCGUCGAUCAUUUUGAGGAUGUUACUUCUCCAGAGAGAGUGCACAUUGACAAUAAAUGCGAUAGAAACAUAGUUAUGUACGGUUAUCUUCGAGGCAGUAAUUUUAGGAGAGGAACUCAGGUGCAUAUUGCUGGUGCUGGUGAUUUUCCUGUAUAUGGUAUUAAAAGCUUAGCUGAUCCCUGCUCUUUACCAAUUGCUGCCAAAAUUAAGGGAGUGAGUGACAAGGAAAGACUCUUUUAUGCACCAAUGUCUGGUCUUGGGGAUCUUCUCUAUGACAAGGAUGCAGAAUAUCUGGAUGAACUCAACGAUAUUGAUGAGGUAACCCAAUCGGAGAUCGCAGGUUUCAGAGCAGGAACUUAUUUAAAGUUGGAGGUUCGUGAUGUCCCUUUUGAGAUGACUAAAAAUAUUGAUCCCAAUCACCCUAUCCUCGUCGGAGGUAUCAGUCUCGAAGAGGAGAAUAUUGGAUAUAUGAAGGCGAGGCUUAAGCGACAUAGCUGGCAUAGGAAAUUAUUGAAGACAAGAGACCCAAUCAUUGUUUCAGCUGGUUGGAAACGUUACCAGACCAGAUCCACUUAUGCCCAGGAGCAGGAAGACUGUGGUAACGGUUUGCAUCGUAUCGAUUCUACUCCCGAGCACGCAGAUUGUCUUGCAAUGUUUUGGGGUCCUCUUGCACCUCCUGAUACUGGUUUUGUAGCUAUACAAAAUCUGGCAGGCAAUAAGGCUGCAUUUCGGAUUUCAGCAAUUGGUGUCAUACUUGACGUUACCCAGGCUGCAGAGAUAGUUACAAAGAUAAUGAAGAAGCGCAAACAAAUUGGGUCUCCUCUCAAGACCUUCAAGAAAACUGCUCUCAUCAAAGACAUGUUUACAUCAGAUCUUGAAAUUGAUUGGUUUGAAGGUGCAGCGAUUCAGACUGUAAGAGGAGUUCGGGGGAACAUUAAAAAGGCUGCCAGAAAAAAGCUCGUUAGUGAACUUCCAAGGAAGGGAGAUGUUUGUUCCAAAACCAAGGAUGAUCCUGCUAGGAGACAGCAGACGGUUGAACAGCGACGUGGUGUGGUGUUUGCCGAGAAGAAGAAGACAACUGGAAAUCGGAUCUGUAAAGAGGACUAGUGUAAAAGGAGGCCGAAGAAAUGUGUGGAGUUUUCUGAUAAAAAGAAAGAGUAUAUUCUACAGUGUAAAAGGAGGCCGGAGGAAUGCGAGGAACCUUCUGAGAAAGAGAAAGAGUUAUUAAAGAAAUUUAUAGAGAAAUCAAAUGAGAUGGCGAAAGGGUGGUGCAAUCUCAAUUAUCUAAUGAUAGGACAUUAAUAUUUAUUUACUUAAUGCUACCAGACUUUUGUUUUAUAUAUUUCCAAGACGUGUCAUUGGCACUAAAUUUAACCAAAAAGAAAAAACCAAGGAAAUCCAGGUUUCAUAUGAAUUGUUUCUUCUGCUGAAGCCAAGGAGAUGAAGGUCUCUUUCUUGAUGGGUAUUGACAAGAGUAAUGGGUUUCAUUCUAGUAGGAUCUCUGAUGUGUUUUUAGUGUACUUUCACUGCUAUGUAUAAUGGGUGUGCUUAAUCAGCUAAUGAAUCGAAUUAUGUUCUCUAAUUUGAUCUUUUGGUUUUAAGUUCACUUCGUA